AUGGACGAUCCAAGAUCCAGCGCGCAACUGACGCACUCCCCUCUCCCUCGCGGCCUCACCGUCCCCAAAGCGGCAAAGCGAGAAGAAAAUAAUCCCCAAUUACCGACAUCGAACGCCGACGGCGAUGUCCCUCCGCAGCGCCAGCGCUCGGCGAGCAGCUCCCGCCUCGCCGCCUUCUGCUCGCCGCCGUCCCUCCGCCUCCCUCAUAUACUUCCAGCUCUCCCGACCCGCUUACCUUCCCCAACGCCGACGUCUUCCUCCGCCUCCACCUCGACCCUCCUCUCCCGACGACGUGGACGCCAUGCCCGACAUCGAUUGCCACCUCUCCGCCGCCUCCUCCGGAACCUUCCUCGACCUGCACGUCUCGUCUGCGUCCUCCUCCGCUCCCGCUACUUCGCCGCCCUCCUCUCCGACCGCUGGCCCACCGCCGCGAGUGGCCGUCUCUCCCUCGCGGUGGUGGCGCCCCCCUCUUGCCCCCGCCCGUUCGACGCCCACAUCCAGGUGCUCCGCCUCCUCCACACUCUCGAUUUCACGGGCGCCAUCCGCUCCCCCGGCGAUGCCCUCGACCUCCUCCCCGUCGCGCUCCUGCUCCUCUUCGACGCCUGCGUCGAGGCUUGCAUCCGCUUCCUCGAGGCCGUGCCCUGGUCCGAGGACGAGGAGGCCCGCGUCAUUGACCUGGCGCGGCUCCUCCCCGCCGAUGAGGCAGCCGACCUGCUCGCCAGGGUUUCUCCUCCCCCCGUCGCCGCUGGUCCUUCUUCCGCUGCGGGGGUGGCCGCCAGGUCGCCCUCCGAGGCGAUGCUGCACGGCCUGAUCCACUCGGCGAUCCAUGGCCACCCCGUCCACGCUGCCACCAAGGCGUUCGUAGCGAUGCUCCUUAAGGACUACCCGUCGCGGGACUGCGUCCACAAGGUGCUCGACGAGGCAUUUCAGUCGCGCCUGGACACAGUCAAGGAGCUCAUGGGGAAGUACGCAAGCCCGGACUUCAGGGUUGCGGUGGACAGUGAUGAACGCGAGGCCAUUCAGAGGCUUAACCUGCAGUCUGCGGUGUUGAACGUGAAGCAUCUGUAUUGGCUCAUCGAGAGGAUGGUCGAUCUGAGGGUGGCGGAUAAUGCGGUGAUGCUGUGGAGUGAUCAGGCUGCCCUGGCUACUGAUUUGCAGAAGUUGCUGAAUGAUGCAGACAUGUGGCGGAACAUGACGCCUGGGCUUCCAAUGCUUGUGACCAGAUGCACACUCAGGCUCUCCAAUUCAGUCAUCACUGGGGAGACUCUUGUACCUCGGCAGGUGAGGAUGAUGCUUGUCAAAAGCUGGCUCCCUGUCCUAAACGUCUGCCGGGACAUUGUUCAACCAAUGCACUUCCAGAAAUCAACCAACUGCCAAGAGCUGGAGGAGGCGUUUCUUCAGAUCAUCUCCACCUUGCCUGUCCCAGAAGCCCAGGAGUUGCUGCAGCAAUGCCUGGGGUUCUCCACCCGCAAUGUUGACGACUGCCCGCAUCUGGUCGCCGCGUUCAAGACGUGGUUCCGGCGCGCUGGCCGGCCUCCUCUGGGCGGGGAAAACUGA